GUCCGUGUGUUUUCUCACGUCAGCCAUUUUGUAUUUGAAUUCAUCUCCAUUGGCAGUGGAAGUUUCGCAGAAGAGGAGAUAGAUAACACAUUGAGAAUUUGUGAUAAGUGGAUGCAAAAUCAGUUGAGGAAUCCGUGAACUCUUGCUUAUUGCAUUUACUUUCCCAAAAGGGUGUCACCUGCGGCGUGAGGUGGUGUAUGUGUGUUUUUUCUCAAUUACGGGGUCAGGAGAGGUGGUCUUAUUUUUAUGGACCGAUCGAAGGUAGAGUGCUCCAGAAAUGUCGCCGAAAGUGUGAUUGUGUGACUCUUCCCACCAAGGAAAACACACACACCCUGUGUUAACUUGAUUGCCAGUGUGUGCAGUUGGAGAGAUACAUAGAAUACAAAAAAAAAUCACAUAUUAGAAAAUUUUAUUCUCGUGUGACCCCGAAGUGGAAAAAAAAGCCAAUUUGGGAAGAAAAAAACGCAUUGAGAGCCUGCCAAAGAAAAGUAAAAAAAAAUAGUAAUGAAAAAGUGACUUCUUGAGAGAAGGAAAAAAAAGUUGAAGGAAUAUUUUGGAAGUGCGAAGAGAAGUUGGGGAGAGAGCGAGAGAGAAAAAGAGUAGUGCCGUGAGUGAGAGAAGAGGUGAAAAAAAAACCUGCGAGAUAAAUCCAUUAAAAAUUCACAAUUUGUGUGCUAUUAGUUUCUGUGUGGCGACUUUUUCGUAAUAUAUAAUAUAUAAUUUUCAUCGCACAUAUUUUACGUUGAGAGAGCGAGAGAGAGAAAAGUGUGAGAACUGUGACGACGAAAGAAAAAAAAAAGUUAAGAAAAGUGCCGCGAGUUUAAAAGGAUCGCAUCCCGCGAAGAGUGUCGACGAGUGCCGAGGAGUGACGACGUGUGCCGAAAAGUAGCGAAAGAUCGCCGAACGGAAGCCGAUUGAAGUUUUGUUGUUGUUGUUGUUGUUUUCAUUUCGGCAAAGGGAAUCCCGGCAAGUUUUUUUUUUCUAACCUCAAAGUUUCUUUUUAUUGUUUUUAUUUUUCCCAAGUUUUAACGCAAAAGAAAAAAAGAAAAAAAAGUAAAUUUUAAAAGUAUAAAAACAAAGGAAUCGCGUUUAAAAAAAAAUAACCCAAACUGGACUCAAAAACGGACACUGCUGUUAAAGCAAUGGGAAACAACGCCGCGACGGCGAAUAAGAAAGUUGACGCUGCUGAAAGCGUUAAGGAAUUCCUCGAUCAGGCAAAGGAGGAAUUCGAGGAUAAGUGGAAGCGCAAUCCCACAAAUACAGCCGCCCUCGAUGACUUCGAUCGCAUCAAGACACUGGGCACGGGUAGCUUUGGUCGUGUCAUGAUUGUCCAGCAUAAGCCGACAAAGGAUUACUUUGCAAUGAAAAUUCUGGAUAAGCAGAAGGUGGUGAAGCUGAAGCAGGUGGAGCACACAUUGAAUGAGAAGCGCAUCCUCCAGGCGAUCUCCUUCCCAUUUCUCGUCUCACUUAAAUAUCAUUUCAAAGACAAUUCAAAUUUGUACAUGGUGCUGGAGUAUGUGCCAGGUGGUGAGAUGUUUUCACAUUUACGCAAAGUGGGGCGCUUCUCGGAGCCCCAUUCGCGCUUCUAUGCGGCCCAAAUUGUUCUUGCAUUUGAAUAUUUGCACUAUCUCGAUCUCAUCUAUCGGGAUUUGAAGCCAGAAAAUCUCCUAAUUGAUAGUCAGGGGUACCUUAAGGUGACCGAUUUUGGCUUUGCUAAACGCGUAAAGGGGCGCACGUGGACACUGUGCGGUACCCCGGAGUACUUGGCACCGGAAAUAAUUCUCAGCAAAGGAUACAAUAAAGCUGUGGAUUGGUGGGCACUUGGGGUGUUGGUGUAUGAAAUGGCAGCUGGGUAUCCGCCAUUCUUUGCCGAUCAACCAAUUCAGAUUUAUGAAAAAAUUGUCAGCGGCAAAGUGCGGUUUCCCUCACAUUUCGGCUCAGAUCUGAAGGACCUCCUCCGUAAUCUCCUUCAGGUGGAUCUCACUAAACGCUAUGGGAACCUCAAGGCGGGCGUUAAUGAUAUCAAAGGACACAAAUGGUUCGCAUCGACCGAUUGGAUUGCUGUUUUCCAAAAGAAAAUCGAAGCGCCUUUUAUACCACGAUGCAAAGGACCAGGGGAUACAAGCAAUUUCGAUGAUUACGAAGAGGAGGCGCUCCGGAUCUCAAGCACGGAAAAGUGCGCCAAAGAAUUUGCUGAAUUCUAAACAAAAAAAAAAACAAAAAGAAAUUCAAAUCAUGCAAAAAAAUAGAAGAAAAGACCUCACAUGCCGAAACACCAAGAAAAAAACAAUAUUGUGUGCUUUUUUUCAUCCUUUUUAUUAUUUUUUAAAUUUCCCAACUUGAGACCACUUUUUAACAAAAAAAAAUUUAUUUUACCAAAUUUAAUAAUUUUUUCACCUUGUGGUUCAGGGAAGAAAAAGAUGAAAAACUUUAUUUUUUCCUUUGUUUUUUAUUAAAUGAAAAAUUAAAAAAAUAUAUUAUUGUACCCCUCCGUGGAAAGAGAAAGAGAUAGUCAUUUGAUUUUAAAGAAACAUAAAAAAAAGUUAUAUAUUAUUUUAUUAAUUAAUUAAAAGUCUUUUAAUAAAAUAUCCCCAAUUUAUCCUUAUAAAUAUUUUAUUUACUUAUUAAACGUUCCUUUCAAUCCUUCUUACACAUCUUUAAUCUCUCCCCAUAGGGGUUGUUUUUUACUACCCCCCACCCCCUGUUAAUUUUCUUAUUUUAAAUUAUUAAAUAAAUAAAUAUUUUUAUCUCAAAAAAAUGGGGAGAAAUUUCAGACAAUUUUACGCAAAGCGUGUGGAUAUGAAAGGAAAAGAAAAUAGGCUGCAUAGUUUUUUUUUAACUUAAGAAAAACGUAGAAAUUAAAAAAAAAUCACUCCAAACAUUUUUGGAGAAGUUGGGGGAAAGGGAUGUGAAUUUAGAGAGUCGCCAAAGAGAGAAGAAAGAGAAAACUCAUCGCAAAUCUGGCCAAAUCUUAUCACCGCAUUAAACUUCAUCCUUCAUUAUCACAAUCAUGAUCAUCGCGACGUGCUCCACCCAAGAAAAAAAUCAACAAGAACCCAUAAAGAGUGGUCCAAGUAUCGCAAAAUUUCAUCGUGGAUUACAAUUUUGCGAAUUUGAUGAUGAAAAAUUGCAGCAAAAUGUUAAACAGGCAAUAAUCUAAAAUGUUAUGAUCUCAUCGAUUUGUGAAUAUUUUCUUUCACCAUCCCCCGUUUAUUGUCCCCGCGCGUACAACCCAGAGGCCAUUUCUUACAACACAGUGCAAUUUCUUUGUAAUGUUGACAUACAUUUUGGAGGAAGGAAAAAAAAAUGAGAGGAAAACAGUAAGACUGUUAUCAUCUUGUCUGAAAUUUUAUGAUUAAUAAAAAAGUGCAAAGAAAAACGGCAAAAUGACUAAAAAAAAACAAACAAAAAAAAUCAGUAAAAAGAGCUUCAAACCUAAAUGAGGUUUUUAACAUAAAAUAUAAAAUCCAAAUAAAAAAGAAAUUUUUCAAUAGAUUAAUAUAAAGUCAGAAGAAUUCAAAUUUUUUAAUGUAUAGUUGUUGAAAUUAGAUUUCAAUUUAAAGAAAAAAAAAGCUAAAAAAAAUAGGUCAAAUAUUAAGUCAAUUGUUGAUUUUUUGUUUCAGUGUUGGAGCGAAAUUUUCAAUUUAGCGGAUGAUUGAAAAUUUGAUUAAUUAAGCAUUGAUUUAUUUCCUUGUUGAAUGUGGAAAUUUUCUUAAUUUUCAUCCCGAAGUGAAAUUCUCGUGAAAAGUGGGGAAAUAUGAGAAAAAUUCAAUGUUUGUCAGAAUUUCAAUCAUCCACCAAACAUAUGUAAUUUUCUUUUUCACUUUCUUGAUCUAUUUUGACUUUAUUUCUAUGUUUGUUUGAUGUUUUAGAUAGAGAGAAAAUGUUCUUUUUUUAACGUCUUGUCGUUCAAACCAUUCAAAUUUUGGUCCUUUACAAAGUACCGACAAAAGGACGACAAUAAUUUUCCUCUUUUUCAUACACACACACGUCGAAAGCUCUGUUGAAUGAGUAGGUAAUAAAUACGCCAAAUAUUUGUUUUAUUAAAAGUAUUAAAAUUUAAUUCAAAAAUCUCACAUAAAAAUAAAAUAAUAUUGAUAUUCUUGUGCGAUUUUUUUUACAAAUGCGCUUUGAACACACACUGAAAGAAUCAAUUUGUGCUCUCACACACGGAUUCUUCUUUAUUUAUUAUUUCACUCACAUAUGUAGCAUACAUAUAGUAUGAAAAUGGUGUAGCAGCAGAAAGUUUAUCAUGCAUUGUACAUAGUAAGGUACUUUAGUCACGAAGCGUUGAAAGGCAUCAACAUGGGGGCUCUUUUGCAAGUUGAUUGAAGUGACAAAAUGACAUUCUACUGAACUAUACUGGCCACUGUGAAGACUAACAAUUUCCUCAGUAGUUUACCCUACAUACAUUGUUCAACUUAUGUCAGAGUAAAUAACAAAAAAAAACGUCCCUUUUUACCUUUUUUUCACCUCCAUUCUAUGUUCAGAACAUUGCGAGAAGAAUGUAGAACAUUUUAUAAAUCAAAAGAGAAUUUUUGAAAAGUUUUUCAAAGUUCUGAAUAAAAUAAAUCAGCUACGAUUAACCAAUUAACGAUUUGAUCCAAUCCAAUGUUAACCCUUAAAUUUCUUUGAGGGGGUCCUCAGUGACCUCUAUGUUUUUUUUUCUCAGUGAAUUUCCAUGUGAUAUCUUCACUGGAAUGUUUUUUCUUGAGUUCUUUCACGUCGUGGUUGAGGUACAUUUUAAAAGGAAAUUAAAAGCUUUUUAAUUUCAAUAAGGAGUUACAUACCUUUAUCUUGGAUAAAAGAAAAAUAAACAGAACAUUUGUAAUUUUUCAAGAUAAAUCAGUUCAGGAUAAAUGAAAACUUUCGAAAACAAAGGUUUAAAAACACCGGAAAAUUUUCCUUGAAAUGAAAAACAUAAUUUAGAUUUAAUUGUAUUUAUUUAUUUUAUCCAAGAUUGUUUUUUUAUUUUUGGAUCAUAGGACGUUAGGCUCAUAUAAAAACCACUGAUAUUCCUCUAGAAGAUACAAGGUUAAUAAUACACUGAAUCUCUUGGGAUAAUUUUAUUCAGAAUUUUUAAUGUUUGAUAUUUUGUCAUUAAUUCAGUGUUGGAUAAUACAUAUCUGAUUUGUUCCCUUCAAAUUGAAUAGAGUUCUAAUACUUUUUAUUUUAAAUUCAAAUUUUUGAGGCAUUUUGCGUCAAAAUUUUUGAAUAUUUAGCAUAUUGUUUUGAAGUUUUAAUCCUUAGAUAAACUAUAAAAAAAUGAUUUAGGAUAUCCAGGCUGUGGGAAUGUACAAAAUGGGAUAUUUUUUAUCUAACUUCGGUCCAGAUAAAAUUAAAAGAAAGAUAAUGGAGACCGAAUUUCUAUAGCUGGCUAAACCAAUUCAAAAUUUCUCUUUGGAUAAACCGGAUAAAUCCAUUUAUAAUUAACAACGUUACAUUGACUUUUUCACAAUUUCUGACAGGGUAACCCUAAGGAAAAACCAAUAAAUACAUUUUUGUAACUCUGACAUUAGAUAAUUUUAUUUAGAAAUUGAACGUUGGAUAAAACUUGAAAUGUUUGGAAAAUUUCAUUUUUCCAAAAAUUUCAAUCACAUUUACAUCGGCUUCAGAACAAGUUGGAUAAAACUAUUCAGAAUUUCUGACGUUAGUUAAUUUUGUUUCAAUCACGAACGUCAAAUUAAUUAUUUUAAAAAGUUUCAUCUUAGAUAUUAUUAUUCUGAAUUAAUAAAGCAGAACAAUUUUAUUAUGAAAUUCUAAUGUUGGAUAAUCUUAUUUGGAAUACGGAUGUUCGAUAAAAGUCUUCAAAAUAUAAAUCAUGAUAAUUCUUUUCGGAAUUUCUAACGUUGGAUAAUCUUAUUUGUAAUGCAAAUGUUGGAUAAUGGAGAAUUUUUAUCUUUGGAUAAAGCACUUGUGGAUUUCUAUAGAAAAUUAAAAAAUAAUAAAUGGUGGCUCUUAGUGGGGUAAUGUAACCCCCUAGAGCAUGCAAAAGAGCCUUUGAUGUCAUCGUCAUCUCAGCACCGGUGUGCGAAGAGUUAAAUUAAUUCAAUUCUGUACCACAAGAGAAACUUUUUUUAAGAGCAAUGAAAGCUCUUUUUUUUCCUGAUUUCCUUUCAAUUUAAAACGGAUGCUUUUUGCUGGAUGAACGGUUUUUUUUUUUUCAAAAUAAAAUUUUCCUCAAUACGGGAAAAUUAAUUGCAAUGUAUGUAAUAUGAAUAAAUCAGCAGAUCGUAUGCAAAUGCAUAAUUGAUUUGUUCAAAUUGACCAACGUUUUCGUGUUUAGAAAUUUAUUUUCUGCUAAUUGCCGCAAAUUUGUAUGAUAAAUUAAUGUUUCCAUUAAUUUUCUAAAAGCAUAUUUGGGUGAAAUAAUUGAAAAAUUAUUUUUUCAAGUGUCACCAAAAGUCUUUGUUUACCUACUCAUUCACAUUUAGUCUCUUUUUCAUGUCAUUUUCAUUGAAAAGUAUUGCAUUCAGCAUUAAUAGUUGAAUUAUUAUUAUUAUAAAUUGUUUUUCUUUUGUUGUUUUAUUGGUAUUAUAUUAAAGUAUUUUUUUUUCUUUAGUUGUAACAUUUAUGAAAAAAAGCUUGGCUUUUGAAAUAAAAGAUUUUUCUGUAAAUAUUCUUAUUUUAAAGGGAUUCACUUUGAAAGCGUAAGGUGCUGUUACGCAAUUGUGUCAUAUAUUUUAAUGUUUUUUUCUUUUCAAGUGAAUUCUCAUAAUAUAUAAUUUAUAUUAUAUAUUUGGGGGUUAAGUUAUUUUUAUUUUAUUCUUAAAAAGAAUUAAUUAUUAUCCUACAAAUAAAUUAAAUAAAAAAUAUAUUGAUUGACCUGUGAAAGACUUAAGAAUUUUCGGCUUCUCAAAGUCCUCAAUUCAUCAAAAUUAUCAUAAAAAUAAUAUAUUUUUUGUUCAUUAUCUUUUUGCUUUAAUCUUUUAUUUUUAAAUAGAUAUUUUACCCUUAAAUAUUCUAAUUUUAUCGACUGAAUUGUACUAUGCUUGUCCCAUUUUAUCUCUGAAAGAAAUUUUAUUCUAACCUAAAAAUCUUUUUUUUUUAAUAAAUUUCAAAUCUUAAACUCUGUUCAAAAAAAAAAUCUCAUUGUAAAUUUAAAAAAAAAGAGAAAGAAUUACAUAAUAAUUACAAAAUAUUUUCUUAACAUUAAUAAAUUUCCUCUUAAUAUUUCGCGACAAAUUAGAAAUCCCCACUAAAUUGAGGGCAGAGAAGAAAAAGAUGUAUAAUGGGUGUUUCUAUUUUAAGACUUGGAAUCAUUUAAAUUUUCUCAUUUGCUCAUGUGUGUUAAGAAGCAAUGAAAAAUGUUAUAUUUACGAGAUUUUUUUCUUGCCUCUUACAUCGCUGAAAAAUUAUGAUCAUUGAGACAUUUUGCUUUUACUUUACAUAAGCAUAGGCCAAUAUAAAUUUUCAGCGAAGGGAAUUUUCCGUUUUAUCAUUUUUUUUAAAGUCCUUUUUUCAUUACACAAUAUUUUCACGCUCAAUUUGCAAAAUGAGUUUUUCUUUAUUUUUUUUUUUACAUAAAAUAGCUGAAAGAAAACUUUUUCAUAAUGUCCCAGUACGAUUAAUUCACCCAAAAUAGGGAAUUAUUGAGAGCAAAAAAAUGUAAAAUACAGUGAAUGCCCUACAUAACGUACUCAAAAGAAUAUUUGGCAAAUUAAACAUUAUUCCUCAAUGAUAUUUAUAAUUAUUAAUUGAUAAAAUGUGUUCAAAUAAAAUUUACUUUUGGAACGUUUAAUUGCCAAAUAUUUCAAUGUAAAAAAUAAAACACAAUUCUAUAGACGUUCGUUAUGUAGGACAUGUCGUGUAAAGAAGAAAGCAAAAGAACAGUGAUAGAAAAGAAUUUUCCAUUAUUAUUCAAGGUCCGAGAUUGGGACGUUUUCCAUGCCAAAUUUUUUUGCUCGAUAAUUCUUUCCACAUUUGGAUGAAUUCCUAAAAAUUGCAUUAAGCUACAGUGGGAGCUCGCACAACAACCUCGUGCAAUUGUGAAAAAUUAUCUUGAUUUUAAAAAGAAUCCUUAAGACUUUUUUUUGUUAUUUGUUUUGAAAUGGAGACUUUCGUUUGUUCUCUAUUUCUUAGGGAUUUUUUCUUAUGUUGCUCGUAAAGGCUUUGCUGCGAGGUCUCACUGUAUAGGGGAAUGUGGCCCAAUACGAACCUCCAGAGGUUUGCUUAGAGUGGAAUUUAGUACCAUUUUAAGGUCCUUUUAAUGCACAUUUUAUUUUAAAAACUUUCUACUUUUGAUGUCUUAAUGGUUUUCAGUAAUUGUGGAUUCAAAAAAAACUAAAUGGUUCUAAUUGGACCAUGCUCCCCUAAUAUUCUCUCAGCAGUACACAGGGUGAGACGAAUAAUAUCUACAAGAGAUGUGAUUAAUGAUAUCAAGGUUUUCUCUUUUGUGAGAGAAAAUGAAUCGUUUUAUUUUCCUAAAGCUGUCUACGUUCCUUGCAAAAUCAUUGAUCGCCAUUUUGAAUAUUUCAAGUUUUUCUUAUUCUAAUUAUAAUUCAAGAAUAGUUCAGAUAGAUGUUCUAAAAUUCUAGUCUACAUCAGAUAAACAGUAUGACGAAUUUUAGCUUCCUUAUCUUUCUUUUUCAAAGAAUUUUCAAUUCGUUCCAUGCAAAAGUUUGAGGUUAUGUACAAUAGAAAAAACAAUUUUAGCAUUUUAUUGGUUGACUUUAUAAGUAAUUGCUUCAAUUUAUUUUGCAGAAUUUUAGUUGAAAUCAAGCAUAAGGGAUUUGUAUGAAAAAAUCCUUUUAGUCUUCUUAAUUUUCCUUUGUGAGGUUAUGUUUUGUAGCAGAGAAAACAGAAAAAAAUGGCAUUGUUUAUUGAAUUACAAGAAGGCUGUGUGGAUGUCGAAAUGACGUCCGGCCCUGAAAAGCUUAAAAAGAAGAAGAAGAAUUACUAGAAGAGAUAAACCCUUGGAGAAUUUUGUUGGUCAAAGUGGCCAAUUCGACAUUUUUUAAAUGGUCACAGAAUAAAAUCUCUUAAAAAUAUCGUGAAAAUUUCUACAUCUGUGUGUAGGGAAGUUCGAUUACUUCAAGAUGGUCGAAAGAAUAUUUGGGAAAACAUUGUCUUUUAAGAGAAAAUGAAAGUCAAACUUUUGAGGUUAGAAACCUCGAUCCUCCAAGUGUUAAUGAUGUAAUGAAACGAUAGAAAAUAAGGCAACUAAUACGUUGUUAAUUCAACACAAUAAAGUGUAAAGAACAUAACCUCAUUGUUUUAAUAAUUUUCAAAGAAAUUGAGGUUAUGUUUUGAAGGAAAAACCGCUGUCAGCUAUCAUUGGUAAAAAGGAAAAUAAUAAUAAUGGAGUGAAACGAUGUGAGAUGAAUUCAGCUUACUGAAGCAACUGAAGCUUAAAGAACAUAACCUCAAAGUAUAUAACCUCAAAUCUCUCAAAAUGUAAGCAUUUUGCGUCCUUUAAUAUGAAGAAAAAAAUGUAAAAUUAGGUCAAAUAGUUUUCUUGAAUAUUUCGAGAUUCCUUUCAACAUAUUUUAGGUCUAGUGCCAUGAGGGAAUCAAAAUGAAUACACUCCUUUCAGUUAUAAUUGAGUUAACCUAAAUAAUAAAUUGAAACGAGCUUCAACUGCCUCACCCUGUGUACACUGAAAUGAAACUUAUCAUUGCUUAAAAUGCUCCAAUUUGUUUUGCUCAUUUCAUUUCCACCUCUAUCGCACUUUAAUUUGAAAAAUUAGCUCUGCUGGGACAUUAAGAAAAGCUUGAAAAUAAAUUGAAUGAUAAAAAAAUAGUGAAUUCAAUCAAAAUUUUUAACUUAUCAAAACGAGAAUUGGCAUUGAAGACAUAAAAGAAUAAAUAAAAAUUUGAAUAUGAAUGAAAAGAGUUGCAUUUGCGCCUCCCUUUGCAUAUGGAAUGAAGGAGAGAUUGUGUAAUAGUUGUGGAUGAGAAAAUUAUUGAAAUUCAUGCAGGAAGAUAUACAUUAGAGACAGACUUAUAUAGGAGAUGUGACAAUUAUUGUGUGCAAAACAUUUUCUGAAAAUCAUAUCUCCGCUACAAAAUGUGUUUGAAAAAGAAAUUUAAUGAAAAAAAAAAAGCCAGCAGCCUUCAAAGCCUUAAAAUGCUUUAAAUUUUAAAUUAAACGUUUUUCAUUUUAUGCGAAGAUUUAAAAGAAAACUUAAACAAGAUUUAUUUGAAGAGAAUGGAGGACAUUUUUUGAUGUUUGUGAUGCUACCUAUACCCUAUGUUUUCAUCCAUUUUUUUUUCGUCAUAGCAUGAAGAAAGUUAAUAAACGCAUUUAUAUAAUCUGCAAUAUAAAACAUAAAACACUAAAAUAGUUUAGUAGAAAAAAAAGAGAAAACAAAGAAUAAAUAAACGUAAUGAAUGGAAGAAAAUAAACUGCAAAUAUAAAGCCACAGGAAAUUGAAAAAAUAAAAAAUACAUAGAACAUUAAAAAAAAAACACGAAAUAAAUAAUAUAUUGUAGCUAUGUCCAAAAGACCCAAUUUUUAUUUAUAAAAUAAAAUAAAGAACAUAACAAAGAUUUAGAACAAAAAUAAAAAUCAUUAAUUAAAUAAAGAGAUGAAGAAGAAGAAGGAAAAAACAAGUAGAAAUAGUAACACAUUCUUUUUGUAAUAGAUAAGAUAUUUCGUGUCGUAAUAAGUGAUAAUGAUGAGAAAAAAAAAACUAUAGUAAAGUACAUUCAUUAGAAACAGAAAAUAAAAUAAAAAAAAAGAAAACCUUGGUAGAUGAAGAAACAUUAAUAAAGAAAAAAAAGAUGGUAUACUACGCAUGAUAGAAUCACAUUUAAUAGUAAAUUACACCAUUUAAAUUAUAUUUAUUGAAAAGAAAGAAAUUUCAUUGUGAAUGGUACAAGCACAGGACACAAAUUCACAUUAAAAAUGCAUUGAAAUCAUAAAAGAAAAUAAGAAUUAAAAAAUAAAGAAUAUAGAAAAAAAUAAAUCACAUCCUUUUUACAAUAAACAAAAAAAAAACAUUUCAAAAUGAUUUAAACAAAAAGAACAAUUUAAUUUUUCUUUUUUUUUAUUAGAUAAAUUCAAUUUGAAAAUUGAAACACUUAGCAGUUUAGAAAACAAAAAGAAAAAAAAGUAUAUUAUAUUACUGAAGAUAAAUCUACAUAUAGAAUUAUUAAAAAAAAACAUCCCUUUUGGAGAUCAUAAUUGUGAAGAAGUCUAGCAUAAAAAUUACUUAGCAAAAAAAAUAUUACCUAAUGACAAAAAAAAUUUAGAUCUGCCUGAAAAAUGAUAAAAAAAAUCCUAAAAUGAUAAAUAAAUUGAUAUAAUAGUGCGUAUAUAAAGGAAAAAAAAGAAAAAAUGUACGAAAUAUUAAGAGAAAAAAAAAGAUCCUUCGAUAUUGCCCUUUUCACACUAUGUUUAAAACAAAUAUAAAUAUUAAUUAAUUAAAAAAUAAAAAAAAAUACGCGCAUUCAGAGAAAUUUUGUACAAAAUUUCUUUCGUAUCCUCUUAUCAUGGAUGAUCCACAUUAUCACUAAAUAAAGAAAAAAAUGGAGUAAAAGAAUGAGAAAAAAAAACUGCAAAUGUAUAUAACAACAAAAUACUUUUCAUUCAUUAAAUUAAUAAAAAAAAACAAAUAAAUUAUUAAUACAUUCUUAUCAUAGUUUUUCUCUAUUGUCAUUACACAAUUUAUUAAAACAAAAAAAAAUUAAAUUAAUGAAAUGAGUGAAGAAAUAUAGUAAAAAAAAAAAAACCUAUGAAAAGUACAUUAUAUUAGUUUUAAAAAUUAUUUAUGGGUUUGUAAAACUUGUAUAAAAAAAAUUAAAGAAAAUAGUGCUUCACCCGGGGAAAAGAGAAAAUAAAUUUAAUGAAAAAAAAAAUAGAAAAUGUCACUGAAAAAAAUAUUAUUUAACAUAAUAUAAUAUGUGUUUAAAUUUUAAUCAAUGAGAGAUAAAAAAUAUUUAAAAAACAUUUUAUUAAAAGAAAUUAUUAUGAGGAAAAAAGUUCUAUAUUACUAUAAUUAAAAAAAAAGUGAAACCCAGAAGCAAAACUUAUAGUAAACAAGAAGAAAAUAAUAAAGAAGAAAAAACCUUAGUAAAACAUGUGUGAAGGAACCAAUUCAGUAAAAAAAAACUUCUAUUAUGUAUUAAGGAAGAAAGAUAAAAAUAACAAAAAAAGUAAUACCAAGUAUGAAAACGUUUUAGUAAAAAAAAAUCCUUACCAUGAAUAAAGAAAAAACAAUGUGAAAUGGAAUCUUUUAUCUAUAUAUUAAAAAAAAAACCACACACAAAAAAACAAUAACAUUUAUUACAAAUUUAUCUAUUGUAAUGUUCAUUUGAAUUAUGAGAGAAGGGAGAAAAUUUGAGAAAUGAAUGUAAAAUGAAGUGAAAUGAUUUAAUAAACUUAAAUUUUAGUAAAAAAAAAA